UGUGCAGAGGAGUGAAUGCCCCAUGUUGUGUUAGUGCCUGUCUGCCAUGCUGGCCUGUCUGCCAGGACCAGGUGACCUCUCCUUUCAGCUUCUUUCUUACACGCAGAUGAACACUGGACUUCAGAAAUGGGACACUACACAGAAAAUGAGAUCUGCACAGUAUCCUACCCCAGCAGAAUUGGAUGCCUAUGCUAAGAAGGUCGCCAACAAUCCACUGACUAUAAAAAUUUUUCCGAACAGCGUCAAGGUUCCCCAGAGGAAACACAUACGCCGUACUGUGAACGGACUCGAUACUUCGGGCCAGAGGUACAGUCCCUACCCGUCUCAGGCCGCCACGAAAACGGGCCUCCUGGCCAUAGUCAGAUCCCCGGCCAAAGGAAUCAUCAAAGACUUUGACGGGAGCCGCGCGCGCCUGCUGCCGGAGGCGAUGAUGAACCCCCCUUCCACCCCCUACGUUGCACCUAGCACUUUAAGCCACCCCCAGGCGCUCGCUCGCCAGCAGGCUCUGCAGCACGCACAGGCUUUGCCGCACCCCCAGAGCAUCCCGCAGCACCCUCAGGGUAUACCCCAGCCACAAAGCUUACCCCACCCUCAGGGGAUCCCGCAGCCCCCGGCGCUGCCGCACCCUCAGAACCUGCCGCAGCCGCAGGGCUUGCCGCAUCCUCCGACCAUGGCACACCAGACUCUGCAGCACCCCCAGAACCCUUUGCUGCAGCCGGGUUUACAUGGGAGCAGAAAGAUGCCGGAUGCAGACGCGCCGCCGAAUGUGACCGUGUCUACCUCAACCAUUCCCCUCUCUAUGGCUGCCACCCUGCAGCAGAACCAGCCACCCGACCUGAGCAGCAUUGUGCACCAGAUUAACCAGUUCUGCCAGGCCAGAGCUGGCAUUAGCACUACCUCAGUGUGUGAGGGACAGAUUGCAAACCCCAGCCCUAUAAGUCGCAACCUGCUUAUCAAUGCAAGUACCAGGGUAUCUACUCACAAUGUCCCUACGCCCAUGCCUUCCUGUGUAGUAAACCCUGUCGAUCAUGCUGCUGCUGCUAUUCCUCCUGCCUCUGUUAACGUGCCCAUGGUGAAUAUUAACAGGGUGCCGCCCGCCUACCAGAACGAAAUCAAGUCGGUGGCGUGGAACCAGCACCAGCUCGCACAUCUGCAGCAGAUGUGUGGGGAUGCUGCUGGGCCUGCUGGACUCGCAGGGAAGCACCCUCCGAGGGAGAUGGCAGGGCAGAGUUUUGCCGGCAAAACUUCAAACUACCCUCAAGAACUGUGCAUGGGCCAGUCGUUCAGCUUGAAGCCCCCCAUCGAGAAGCCCACGCCUUCUCCGCCCGUGAACGGCUUGCAGGGACCCUUGCCAUACACCAACGGGCACUAUUUCCAGCCCAUCUGGAAUAACAUUCUGCCCACGCCCAACAGCGACAGCUCCGGGUCCCAGGACCUCGCCAUGCCUUUCCACGGGGGACAGCCGGCCGGAGCGCCGCUGGAUUGUGCAGGAGGAACUCAUUACAGAGCUGGAGCUGGCCCAUCCAGCCAGAAUAAUGUGAUGCAGACCAUGGAUUACCUAAGCGGGGACUUCCAGCAGUCCUGCUUCAGAGAUCAGAGCAUGGCCGUGCUGGGGAAAGUCCAUCGGCCUCCCAUGAACCGAGCACCUGAACCAACCGAUAGUCGAAAUCUUCAUAUUCAACACCCAGGGUAUAGAUAGGCUGCAGUCACUUUCACAGACAAAAAUUAUAGGUUUAGUCUUAAUUUUAAUUAAUAAGCAAGGCGUUUUUAACUUGCAAACUUGUGUGAUCAUUAUAGUACCCAUUGGAAGAAGACACACUGUAUAGCGAAAAGCUUUACUUACAUGUUCCCCGUCUCCUUUGCGCAUCAAAUAUUUAACAUGCCUUUUAUGUCAAAGAAUUCCAUUACACUACUUCACGCCGCAGCUGCUUCCUCGCCGCAGAAUCCCCUUUGUGCAGCUUUUGCCUUCUGCUCCGUAGCUCCUCGCUGGACUGAUGCUGAGUUGCUGCAGGGUUUCGCAGUCGCAUCUGUUCGCCGGCUCCGUCAAGAGCGAGGUAGCGUAGCUGCUUACAUUUCCAUCUCAAUUUCCUCUGAAGAUUAAGAGCAACAGAAUUUGUCAGGAAGCGGGGCUUAUUUUUGACUCGAAAGCCCAUUUCAUUAAUGCAUUAAACAUUGACCAUUUGCACUGUCUAGAGGCCUGUUUAAUUGAAAAAGAAGCCUCAGUUUGGAAGGACCUAGCCAGGGGUCUGUAUUUAGGCGUUACGAUGGGGAGAAGCUUUUCAGCCAU